AUGUUCAAUUUCAAACUAGAUUCAUCCCUUCAACUCCCUCAACAACAGCAAAACACAAACAGUUUAUUUGGUAGUUUUGGUUCUACACCAACUAUUACUAAAACACAAUCUUCAGAUACAUUACAUCCUUUUCAAAAUCCUUUUGUUUUUCCUACGAAAAGUUCAAGUAUUAUUAGUAGUGAUAAUACAAUUAAAGAAAAAGAACAAACUCAAACAAAAGAAUUUCAAAGUGAAAUAAAACCAAAAAUUAAAUUAACUAAUUAUGAAUCAGAAGAUGACCAACUUAUAAGCGAUGAUGAUGACGAUUGUAGUACUAUUUCAAUGAAUGAUGAUAGUUCUACAUCAAUAAGUGAAAUAGAAAUAGAAAAAAGAGAAAAGAAAAAAGAGGAUAAUGUUAGUAAUAUUAGUAUCGAUCAAUUAAUGAAAACUAAUAUAGGUUCUAUGCCACUUCAAUUUAACCCUGAACAAACUAAUGACUUUAAACCAGAAUUCCAAAUAUUACCACAACACUUUUCAGAACAAAAUACUGAAAAACCAACUACUGAUGAUCAACAAACAAAUAGUUUUGUUUUUGUUCUUCCAGAAGGAUUUAAAACGAAUACAACUUCUUCACAACAACAAAACCCAUUCCUUUCACAAACCAGUGGAAGUUUUUCUAUUCAACAACAAUCAACUCCAUUUGGAUUUAUACAACCAACGACUCAGUUCAAUUUUUCAAACAUAAAUUUAAUGACAAGUAAUGAUAAAAGGAAAGAAGAGAUCGAUAAAACAGUAAACAACUACCUUGGAAAAAAAAUAACACCACUCGAUGAAGAAAAAAAUAAAGAAAUUGUUCAGAAGUUAAAAGAAAAGAAUAUAUCAUUAACUAUUGAACCAGACUUUAUUAAAACUGUAGGAGAAAAAUAUUAUAACAUGAUAAAAAAUGUUAAUAGUAUUGAUGAGUUAAAUGCUAUUAUUAAACCAAUGGUAGAAAGUCUUGGAGUUCAAUGGGAAGAAUUCAUUUCAUUAUUUAAAUAUAGUACUCCAGAAGAUUUAUUUGAUCUUCUUAUACAAUCGUUAAAUUAA